UCAACCACCAUGAUGCUGUGUCUGCAAAGAGGGUGGCAAAACAUGAUCAUCCCAUCUCACAUGCCUCCCCUGCUCCAAGAAAGUACUAUUAUCCUAUAGUUGAUGAAUUAAAUUACACCCUUUUUGCAAUGCAUCGGUUAUAUUAUCUGAUACUGAUACAACAGCUAGGCAACACAAGACAAGGAGCUGUCAGUUUACCUGACAACUAUACACUGGUUUAACUUUCCAAGCCUUUAUGCAUAGUGUACACACACACACGAUUAGUUAUAAGUUGUUACACAUGAUUGUGGUGAUUUGAGACUUGAGAGUACUUAAUCACGGCGCGGCUUGCGAUGUUUGACCAAUGCUAAGAGUCGUGCAAUCUGACCAUCAGAAACUACUACUCCCUCCGACCCAUAUUACUUGUCAUUGAAGUAAUUUCGGCCGGAGGGAGUACCUAAAUCGACAAUGUUCAGAACUUCUUCCCGCGAAAAUGAAAUGUGAAAUGUCAGCAUCCAUUCCAGCGAUGCAUGGCCUGGUUUCAGAACGGGUAAUUAGAAGGGGAAGGCGAUCGAUGCUAAUGAGUACUUGUUCCGUACGUACUAAUUGUACCCGCACAAAGUGUCAAGCUUUAGUUCCAAGCUACGUACGUAUAGUACCUGCCCCUUGUCUCUGUAUAAAUUAAAGCGAUGCUUCUCUUCUCUUCCCAAGAACACAACCACCAAGAAUAGAAGAAGCACGCGAAGCUCUCGGUCGAUCAACACUCUCAGUUUCUCACACUUUCAGCUGGCAAGGCAAUGGACGAGUCAUGGAGGUGCACGAUGGGCGCGGCGGUGCCGCGGCAGCGAUCGCCGGCGGCCGGAGUCCAGCAGAGCCAGAGCCUCGCCGCCGACGACUUCCGGGACGUGUUCGGGGGCCCGCCGCGCACCGUGCUGCUCAGCAGCUUCUACGGCGAGCCCGCAGCCGAUCACGCGGCGGCGGGGUCCUACUACUGCUACGGCGGCGUCGCCGGCCACCGGAGGCCGUACGCCGACGGCCGGGGCGGCGGCAGGAUUGCGGCGGCCGCCGUGCCCACGGAAGAAGGCUUCUUCGACGACAUCUUCGGCGCACGCGCGCGCCACGUGCGUUCCAGGUCGUCGAGGUCCAAAUCGACCAAGUCCUCCUCCGUCGUCAGCUCCGACGACUUCGGUGGCUCCGGCCGCCGCGCCCGCCCCGACGCCGCCCUCUCCUCCUUCGCCUCUAAGCUCAGGCCGAUCGCGAUCCCGUCGCGGCGGUACGACUCGUCGCCGCCGUCCACGGCGUCGACGAGAGGGGAUCAUCAGUACUACCAGAGCCAGAGCAGCUUCGCCUGCUCCACGGCCGCGUACCCGGCCUGCCGCUACUACUACGGCGGCGAAUCCAAGUCCAAGGCGUCCGGCAGCAGCAGCAGCGCAGCCUCGGGCGCCGGGCGGAACUACAAGCAGCAGCGAGCGAGCGGCGGCGGCUUCUGCUGCUUCACGUCGAACGCAGGGGAGACGAGCAGCCACGAGCCCAGCUUCCGCCGGACUACACAAACACACCGCGGGGCCGAGGACGACGACGUGGACUAUGGGCAGUACUGCUACUCGCCGUCGUCGUCGGCAGCGUCGUCGUCGCUGUUCGGCAACCCGCUGUCGAGGACGACGCCGCGGCGGAGCCUGGAGGAGGAGGCGGCCAUGAUGAUGAUGAUGGAGGUCAGGGAGCGUGCGCCCCUGCUCAUGGACGACGACGACAUCGACAGCGUGGGCGCCGCUGCGGUGGACGAGGCGAUUGCCUGGGCCAAGGAGAGGUUCUGGAGCCACGACGACCAGUGAAAGCCGACCUCAAGCGGCAGCAUGAUGGAAUUCAUGAUGUGACCCAGAUUUAGGUCUCGCUAUCACCCAACAACGUCAACAUUUGAUCAAUCAAAUGCAUUGUUCCAGCUUUGCUAUUGCACUCAUCGACAUUCUAGUUAAUGUGAGUGAUAUGAUCCACAUUAAUUUCCAUAGUAAUGUUUUGAAAAGCAAGCACAUUCUACA